AUGGAUAACAGGAAGAGAUCAAUUCCCAUUCCUCCUAUCGAAGCAUCCCUAAUGCGGAUGGAUCCUGUGAUGCCAACUCCUAAUCAGGGGUGGCGUUCUUUUCCAACUAACAGAGAGAGGGAUAUACUUGAGCAGAAUCUGGAGACCUUUUGGGAUUGCCAAAGGGGUGAUGCAGAAAAAUCCACAGACUUCCAUAACAAGGAUCAUUUGCCGCUGGCUAGGAUCAAAAGAGUGAUGAAAUCCGAUCCUGAAGUCAAGAUGGUUAGCUCAGACACUCCUGUGAUUCUAGCUAAAGCAUGUGAGAUAUUCAUCAAGGAGUUAACACUCCGUGCGUGGAUGCGUACUCAGUCAUGCUCUCGUCGAACCAUCAGGACUUGUGAAGUCUCUGAGGCCAUAAGGAAUUCGGCUGUUCAUUCUUUCCUGUAUCGUCAUGUUCUUUUUGGUUCUGGUUCAGUCACCCAACAGGCUGAGCCAGAACGUGAACUGUUUCCUCCUGCUAAUGUGAAUGUGCCGGUGACGAUUGAUAUGGACCAGAUUGAGCAAGACAAUCUUAUGGCUGAUCGCUUUCUCAACAUUGAAGAGUUUGAGACCAACCAGGACAAACUCCAGGUGGGUUUCUUUUGGUUCCUUGGAAAGUUUUAA